CUGUCCCUUCUGAGAAUCAGCCCAGACCCACCCUGUCCUCCACGGACCCAGCUGAUCCUCGGCCGGAACGCAAACUGGCUCCCCAGCCUCAUACUGUGACUCAGUUUCAGUCACCCCUUCCUACCCCCGCGGCUGGAACUGAAGUUCUCGAAGACCAAGGACUCUGCGAGCCAGACGGCGCCGAGACUCCAAGACCGCACCAGUAGCAGAUUUCCCCCUUUUGCUUCUGAGUCAUGGCAGCUCCUAUGAAAGGCCAAGUGUGCGUGGUGACUGGUGCUUCCAGGGGUAUUGGCCGUGGCAUCGCCUUGCAACUCUGCCAAGCAGGUGCCACAGUUUACAUCACUGGCCGCCAUAUGGACACCCUACGGGCCACUGCUGAGGAGGCACAAUCUCGAGGGGGCCAGUGUGUUCCUGUGGUGUGUGAUUCAAGCCAGGAGAGUGAAGUGCAAAGCUUGUUUGAGCAAGUCGAUCGGGAACAGCAAGGGCGUCUGGAUGUGCUGGUCAACAACGCCUAUGCCGGAGUCCCAGCACUUAUGAAGAACAUUAAGAAGCCAUUCUGGGAAGCCCCUGCCUCCAUCUGGGAUGAUAUCAACAAUGUUGGACUCAGAGGCCACUACUUGUGCUCGGUGUACGGAGCGCGGCUCAUGGUUCCAGCUGGCCGGGGGCUCAUCGUGGUCAUCUCCUCCCUUGGGGGGCUGCAGUAUCUCUUCAGUGUCCCCUAUGGCGUGGGCAAAGCUGCGUGUGACAGGCUGGCUACGGACUGUGCCCAGGAGCUGCGGCGCCAUGGGGUCAGCUACGUGUCUCUGUGGCCAGGGUUGGUGCAGACAGAACUAGUGAAGGAGGUCGUGAUGAAAAACGAUGAUACUGACGACCCCCUGUUGAAGGAGCUCAGAUCUAAUUUCUCCUCCGCGGAGACCACCGAAAUGAGUGGCAAAUGUGUGGUGGCUCUGGCAACAGCUGUAUCUGUGCUCACAGACCCAAAUAUCCUGAGCCUGAGUGGGAAGGUGCUGCCAUCUUGUGACCUUGCACGACGCUACAGCCUUCAGGAUGUGGAUGGCCGCCCCGUCCAAGACUAUUUGUCUUUGAGGUCCGUCCUCUCCCAUGGCUCCAGCCUGGGCUGGCUGGCCUCCUACUUGCCAGGCUUCCUCCGUAUGCCUAAGUGGAUUAUGACCCUCUACGCUAGCAAGUUCUAAACCUCCUGGCCUGACGUCAUAACUCUGCUCUCCCUCAGGCUACGCUGUAGGGCCUCUUGGUGUAACAAGGCAGCCCCUCCUGCCUACCUCAUACCCUUGCUAGGGAGAGAAGACCUCCUCUAUGUGUCUUGCGUGAACCCUGGGGACUUUAUGGAUCCUCCUUUAUGCCUUAAUUUUACCUGCUCCUACAUAUGACUUCUUGCCUUAGUAUUGGAAAACACUCUGGGGACUAAUAAGUCUCAUUUCUUGGGGUGCCUGGAUGGCUCAUGGGUUAAGCCUCUGCCUUCGGCUCAGGUCAUGAUCUCGGGGUCCUGGGA